CAACGUGCCUGAGCGAAAGCUCCGGAGCCCGGAAUGGAUUUGCAGCGGGGUUUUGGAAAGCAAAAGCAGAUUUAUUUUUUUUUUUGCAGCGCAGUGAAGGAAACCAGAUCCUCUGAGGGGUCCCGGGGCGGCUUUGCUUCGCCUGAGAUUCGCCGUGGAAGCAAAUCCCACAAAUUCCUUGCCUGGAGAAGGGGAGGGGGCUGCAGCCCCCCCAGCACGGUGGCGGAGCAGGACGCGAACGCGCAGCGGGCUACGAUGGCAGUUCGGCUCUAACCCAGGAGGCCGGAGCGGUGCCGGAGGUCCCCGUCCGAGUGAUGGUGGCACCGUGCUCGGGGAGCCGCCGCGAGGAUGCCUGAGGCCAAGCCCCUGAGCUCCUCCUGCCUGGUGCUUUCCCUGCUCUCCGCGCACUGGGCUUGGCUCCAGCUGGGCCAGGCUUUCCCCAGCACCGCCGACUACCUGCAGCGGGGCUGGCAGCGGCUGCUGGAGGAAGGGGAAGGUUGCGCCGAGUGCCGGCCGGACGAGUGCCCGGAGCCGCGCGGGUGCCUGGCCGGCACGGUGCGGGACGCCUGCGACUGCUGCUGGGAGUGCGCCAACCUGGAGGGGCAGAUCUGCGACCUGGACAACACCAACCACUUCUACGGCAAGUGCGGGGAGCACCUGGAGUGCCGGCUGGACGCCGGCGACCUGCGGCACGGCGAGGUGCCCGAGCCCCAGUGCGCCUGCCUCUCGCACCGAGCCCUCUGCGGCUCCGACGGCAGGACCUACCCCCAGCUCUGCCGCUUCCUGGAGGCCGCCCGCGCCCGUCCUGAUGCCAACCUCACCGUGGCCCACGAGGGUCCCUGCGAGGCAGAGCCCCAGAUCACCUCCCCUCCCUACGACGCCUGGAACGUCACCGGGCAGGACGUCAUCUUCGGCUGCGAGGUCUUCGCCUACCCCAUGGCCUCCAUCGAGUGGAGGAAGGACGGCACCGAGAUGCUGCUGCCGGGAGAUGACCCCCACAUCUCUGUCCAGUUCAGAGGCGGUCCCCAGAGGUACGAAGUGACCGGCUGGCUGCAGAUCCAGGGCGUGCGGGUGACGGACGAGGGCACCUACCGCUGCUUCGCCAGGAACAAGGUCGGGGAGGUGGUGGCGUUCGCCAGCCUGACCGUCUUCACGCCGGACCAGCUCAACCUGACGGGCUCGUCCCUGCCGAAGCCUCGCAUGGUGCCCGAGGACUACGGGGACAGCGAGGAGGACUACUACUAGCCCAGCAAUAGGCAGUGCUCACCCCACGGGGGUGCCACCUCGUCCCAUGGUGCCCGUCCCUCAGGGUUGGGACGGCUCCGGAGCAAAAACCCCCAAACCAAACCUCCUUCUCUGAGCAGUCCUGGCACCGCAGCCUCUUUCUUUUUGGGGUGGUGCAGGGGGCUGGGACCUGGAGGUGACACUUGUGUUGUCCCCAGGCCCAUCUGCAUCCCCCGGGUAGGGACAGCCAGGCUUCGCCCCAGCACCUAGGAGCUUGCUGCUGAAACACCCUUCCUUCCCGUUUCAUUUUUAACCAGAAAAGUAGUGAUUUGAGGAAACCAGACACUUGUGGUUUUCACCACUAUCUUCCCCUCCCCGGACAACGCCGGCCUGAACGCCGACGUGGCCAGAAACACUUUUGGCCUUUUUAGACUGACUUUGUCCCUUCCCUUCCAAGCAGCUCUGUAUUUGGACGUUUCGGUGAGUGCUGGUGAACGCGUGCACGGACCAGAGCUGACCCAGGGCGGCGAGCGUCCUGCACCCACAGGGGUCACCCUGGGGGGGUCCCCUGCAUGGUGGGGGUCCAGCUGGCUCUCUGCACCCCCAGCUCCUCGGAUCCGAUCCCUGCCACCACCCGUCCCCGGCCCCUUCCCUCCUCCCAGCUGCAGGGAGGUCUGGAGCCGAGGCCAGGAGCCAGCUCCUCGAGGAAGGAGCUGGCCGGUCCCCAGGCAGGAUGCGACCAGCCCGGCUGCUCUGGGUUUGUACGCUGCUCUCCUUCCCUUUCUUCUUUUCUUUCCCUUCCUCUUUCUCUCGAGAGCUGGCUCGGACGAUGCAAUUACAGCAUCAAAACCUGAACAAGCAAAUAAAAGGGGUUUGUCUGGA